AUGUCACCACACCACGUUCAGGUCGCCGCGGUUGAACCGCAACGCACCGCGUGGAAGGAAUCUUCUGUAUAUCAAAUAUGGCCAGCAUCGUUCAAGGACUCAACUGGAUCAGGAACAGGCGAUCUUAAGGGCGUCAUUUCCAAGGUCGAUUACCUGAAACGAUUGGGUGUCGAUACGGUCUGGUUGUCACCCAUCUUUGAAAGCCCUCAAGUCGAUAUGGGCUAUGACAUCAGCAACUACCGCGUGAUUGACCCACAGUAUGGCUCAAUUGACGACGUGGACGUGUUGAGAGACCGGCUACACGAGCGAGACAUGAAACUGGUAAUGGACCUAGUCAUGAAUCACACCAGUGAUCAACAUGAGUGGUUCAAGCAGUCUCGAAGCUCCAAGCAGAACAAAUAUCGGGACUGGUACAUUUGGAAGCCCGCCCGUGUCGACGCCGGGGGCAAUCGUCAGCCACCAAAUAAUUGGCAGAGUCAUUUCCAGGCUCACCCCGAUACGAUCCUGCUAGGCAAUGCUUGGACGUGGGAUGAAACCACCGAAGAGUACUACCUGCACCUUUACGGCAAAGAACAACCAGACCUGAACUGGGAGAACCCAGCCGUUCGUCAAGAAGUGCAGGACACAAUGCGCUUUUGGCUCGAUCGUGGAAUCGAUGGCUUCCGAUUUGAUGUGAUCAACUUUGUCAGCAAGGACCAGAGGUUCCUAGACUCGACAAGCGAUUUCUUCCCCGGUUGCGAGUACUAUGCAUGUGGGCCCCGCCUACACGAAUACUUGCAAGAGCUGGGCAGCAUACUGGAAGAAUACAACGCCUUCAGUGUCGGCGAAAUGCCUUGUGUUCAUGACCCCAAGGAUAUCAUCAAAAGUGUUCAGCAAGGGCGCAAGGAGUUCAACAUGAUCUUCCACUUCGAGCUGAUGGACAUUGAUCAUGGCCCCAACGGGAAAUUCACUCCAGGUCAAUGGUCCCUUGCAGACUUCAAAGAGACGGUCGACAAGUGGCAGCAAUUCAUGUAUCAAAACAAUGGCUGGAACGCUCUUUAUCUUGAAAAUCACGAUCAACCACGGGCCGUGAGCCGGUUUGCCAGCGACAGCCCCGAGCACCGUGAGCAGAGCGCCAAAUUGAUCGCCGUCUUCCUCGGAUUUCAAGCUGGCACACCGUUCAUCUACCAAGGCCAAGAGAUUGGAAUGCAUAACGUACCGACCGACUGGCCGUUGGAAGAGUAUCAGGAUAUUGACUGCCUGAAUCAUUGGAGGCUCAAAGGUCAGAACGCCGACCGAGAAACGCAAGAAAUGUUUCUUCGAGAGUACCAAAAGAAGUCUCGAGAUAAUGCACGCACCCCAGUCCAGUGGGACUCUAGCAAGAACAGCGGUUUUACCUCCGCUGACAAGCCCUGGAUGUCUGUGAAUCCAAACUACACCGUCAUAAAUGCCGCGGCUCAACUGGACGAUCCCAACUCGGUCUUCAACUGCUGGCGAACUGUCCUGGACAUGCGCAAACAAUAUAAAGACAUUGUUGUGUAUGGACGAUUCGACCUGGUGGACCAAGAAAACGAUAAUGUUUUCGCGUAUACACGCAACAGCCCGCAAGGACAGGUGCUGGUGGUGUGCAACUUCUCCCCCGAGCAUAUUGACUGGACCGGCUUGCCGUCCGGUGCCAAGGAAAUACUUGUCACCACCACCGGAAGAUCGUUGUCAAGUGUUUCCAGCGAUGCACUAUCGCUUGAGCCGUUUGAGGCUAUUUCCCUCCUAGUGAAAGCAUAA